CCUGACUUACUAAACGAAAAGGAUCUGCUCUGCACCACUAGUCCUUCCACUGCACCUGAAAACUUGACCUUGGCACGACUCUUUCUCCAAUCGACUCUGGCAUUGCUUCAUUGCAGGAUGGCUAUGACUGAUGUGCUCAGCGCUGAGGAUAUCAAGAAGGCUGUGGGAGCCUUUUCAGCUGCUGAGUCUUUCAACUACAAGAAGUUUUUCGAGAUGGUAGGACUGAAAAACAAGAGUCUAGAAGAAUUGAAGAAGGUUUUCUGCAUUCUUGAUAAGGAUCGAAGUGGCUUCAUCGAAGAGGAUGAAUUAAAGUUUGUACUGAAGAGCUUUAACCCAAAUGGCAGAGACCUGUCAGACAAAGAAACGAAGGCUCUUAUGGCUGCAGGAGAUAAGGAUGGUGAUGGUAAAAUUGGUGUUGAUGAAUUUGCAACUAUGGUGGCUGAAUCAUAAAGACUUUGACCAAUGCAAACCCUUCAUCCAUCCUUCACUGCCCAGUUCCAACCACCUCCUGCUGACUGCUUUGGCUCCUGUUCUAUUUAAUUAUGUUAUUUUAUACUCCGGCUCUGUUCUCUGCAAUCCUGUAACUCUGUAAUUGUGCUGAAAGAUACUGUUAAAAUAAUAAAGGUCACAUCAAUUUGGGCUUUA